AUGUCAAACACUCAGUUAUUUGUUAUAUCAGUUAUUUGUAAAGUAAACGUAUUCUUUAAUGGCCCCUGUAUACACUUUGUAUUAAGUGUCACAAAACAAUGUCUAUUUGAAGCUGCCGUCAGAUUGCGACGUGGGGUUGACAGUUCUUCAAUCGACAAAGAGGAUGAAGAUAGCGAUUCUGAUGAAAGUAAACGCCGUUCCGAUGACUCUGAUGACUCCGAUGACGAGUCUGAUGGCAAUGAUGAUUCAAAUGUUUUAAAUAAAAGAAAACGCCGUCCCAACAAAUCUAACGACUCCGACGACGAUUCUGAUGAUGACUCCGACGACGGCUCUGAUGAUUCUAAUGAUUUCAAUAAAAGAAAACGCCGUCCCAACAAAUCUAACAACUCCGACGACGAUUCUGAUGAUGACUCCAACGACGACUCUGAUGAUUCUAAUGAUUUAAAUAAAAGAAAACGCCGUCCCAACAAAUCUAACAACUCCGACGACGAUUCUGAUGAUGACUCCAACGACGACUCUGUUGACUCCGACGACGACUCUGAUGAUUCUAAUGAUUUCAAUAAAAGAAAACGCCGUCCCAACAAAUCUAACGACUCCGACGACGAUUCGGAUGAUGAGUCCGACGACGACUCUGGUGAUUCUAAUGAUUUGAAUAAAAGAAAACGCCGUCCCAACAAAUCUAAUGACUCCGGCGACGUUUCGGAUGAUGACUCCGAAGACGACUCUGAUGAUUCUAAUGAUUUCAAUAAAAGAAAACGCCGUCCCAACAAAUCUAACAACUCUGACGAUGAUUCUGACGAUGACACCGACGGCACUAAUGACUCCAAAGACGACUCUGAUGAUUCUAAUGUUUUAAAUAAGAGAAAACGCCGUCACAACAAAUCUAACGACUCCGACGACGAUUCGGAUAAUGACUCCGACGACGACUCUGAUGACUCCGACGACGACUCUGAUAAUUCUAAUGAUUUAAAUAAAAGAAAACGCCGUUCCAACAAAUCUAACGACUCCGACGAUGAUUCUGAUGAUGACUCCGACGAAGACUCUGGUGACUCUGACGACGACUCUGAUGAUGACACCAACAACGACACUAAUACAGAUGAUUCUAGUGAUUCUGAUGACAGAAAACGCCGUUCCAACGACUCUGACAACUCCGACGACGAUUCUUAUGAUGACACCAACGAGGCCUCUGAUACAAAAGAUUCUGAUAAAGGAAGCCGCAAAUCCGACGAUUCUGAAGACCCCGACGCGACUCUGAGGAGAAGGAUUCUGCAGAUGGCAGUGAUGUAG